UUCAAAGGGUAAGAUCAAAGUCAUAGUCAAUGUACAUGGCUCUGCAAAUUGUUCCUUCUUUCAUGGACAAGUCUGACGAUAUUUGAGGAGGGUCCUGUACUGUACAGCUUCUUCUUUACUUAUACUGCCCUACUAUUUACCAACCAAUUGUACGUUUCACCCCCUACCUGCUCAUUUAAUACUGAACUGAGAUAUUUAUAAAUAUAACAAUUUUCAGAUCCCAGAAAUUGCCAUUGCACUAGACAGUAGUAGUUUGUUUCUUGUGAUGUUGUUAGAAUGGGCAAGAAGAAGAGCUGGUUUACUCUGAUAAAGAGACUUUUUAGACGGGACACCCAGUCUGAACUAGGCAAGAAGGAAAAGAGAAGGGAAUGGGUAUAUGGUAGGCUGAAGAUUAAGAGAUUAACUCCAAUUGCUGCAUCUAAAGAAACAACAAUGGCAGGAGGUGAAGAAGAUGAAGAACAGAGGAAUAAUGCUUUAUCAGUGAAAGAAAAUUCUUCAGCCAUCAAAAUCCAGGCUACAUUUAGGGGUUACCUAGCAAGGAAGGCAUUGAGGGCAUUGAAGGGAAUAGUGAAGCUUCAAGCUAUUAUUAGAGGCAGAGCAGUAAGACGCCAAGCUCUGAGGUCACUCAUGUUGCAGUCAAUUGUAAGUAUCCAAUCACAAGUCUCUGCUUCAAGGAGACUUCAAAUACUUGAAGGCAGAUCUCUCUGUGAUAAACCCCAAAGCUUCCAAGCUUCAAGGGAUAGGUUAAUAAGGGUGGAUUUAAACAGUGAAAAAAGGUGGGAUGACAGCAUUUUGCUUAAGGAAGAGUUAGAGACGUCAUGCAUGAGCAAGAAAGAAGCUCUUCUCAGGAGAGAGAGAAUAAAGCAGUACUCGUUUAACCAUCGAAUGUCAGCAGAAACAGAAAGGAACAAAGUAAAUGGAAGAUGGAGGUACUGGCUAGAGCAAUGGGUAGAUACUCAACUUUCUAAGAGCAAAGAGCUUGAAGAUUUAGACAUAGCAUUUAGCUCUGGUUACAAACGUGAGAAAGAUAAUGGAGGAAGAUCACUUAAACUGAGAAAUAUUCAGAGGCAAAAUCAGAAUGAAGUGUUGAACUGUCACAGGAGGCAAUGUUCAGUGGGAAGAGAAGAUAACUCAUUCACAAGCUCUCCUUUGAUUCCCACUUACAUGGCAGCAACUGAAUCAGCAAAAGCCAAAGCAAGAUCCAUAAGCUCCCCAAGAUUAAGGGCAUGGAAUUUGGAGGCUGAUUCUGAUUAUAGCUAUUCACCAUGCAUGAAAAAGCUAUCUCUUGUAUCUCCUGGUAACACAACUAGUGAGGUUUUUGGCAGUAAUCGGAUUGGGAAGUUUAGUGGUAGUAAUUACAAGCAAAUAUCUCCUAAGUUAAAAGGUACAGUUUCAAUGAUGGACAAGGUUUGAUAAGUUGUUAGUUGUUAGUCACUAGAUUUCUCAAUAAAAUUAAAAUUUGGAUGCUCUGAAAUAUUUUAUCUUGAUAAAGUCUAGAAAGAUAGGAUUGAAAUAUGAUUCUUAUCUAUAUGUAUAUGAGCCCAUAAAAAUAGAGCCCACUAUUUUUUGGGAUAUAAAUCUCAAUUAUUAAUGCAAGGAGAGAGAUAGACAUAUGAAUAAAGUGGGUAUUAUAUA